AUGUGGGAGCUGCCCAGUGGCAGUGCUGGAUGUCCAGUGGCUCAGGGCGACGGAGCAGUUCCACAAGCAGUGCUCUUCCCUGACUGGGCGUACAAACCAGCCUGGUCGCCGGGUUCCAGGCAGGUGCAGCUGUGGCACUUCCUCCUGGAGCUGCUGGGCCGGGGCGAGGGCGGGGCCAUCGGCUGGGGGGGGGAGUGGGGCGAGUUUGUGAUCCGGGACCCCGAGAGGCUGGCCAGACUGUGGGGGGAGAGGAAGGGCAAACCACACAUGAACUACGACAAGCUCAGCCGGGCGCUCAGAUACUACUACAACAAGCGCAUCCUGCACAAGACCAAAGGGAAACGAUUCACCUACAAGUUCAACUUCAGCAAACUCAUCCUGGUCAACUAUCCAGGAUACCCCCCCCCACCUCAACCUCCACCACCUCCACCCAGCCAUCAGCUUCUGCAGAGCGGCGCUCUUCCCUUCCCUCUCCUCCCCGCUGAGAGCGCUCUUCCUGCUUGUGGAGGAGCAGCGUCGGUGAUGCACGCAGCUGUUCAGCCGAUGCCUCACCCCUUCUUGCUCCCGUGUUGCCUCCCUAAGCCCAUCGCGAUGCCCCGAGCUCUCCACGGGCACUUCCCAUUCAUCUCCGCCCCUGCACGUCUGGGGGCCAACCUGAGGGAGUCAGGCCCCCCACCUCUCCCCUCGGCCCUCCACGUCAGCGCAAACGGCUGGCAUCACAAGAGCCCCGCGGGGUGGGAUCUGAACCACAUCAGUCGAAGGCUGUUUGGUGAAGUGAAGCAGACUGAAAUUCAAGGAGAACAGAGGAAAGUGGGGAAUGAUGCACAGAUGGGGGAGAGCGAGUGAGGAAGAGGAACAACAGAUGGACUGCUUUGCCUCCUAAAAUCUCUCAAAUACAUUAUUUUUGUGUGUGUUUUUUUUAGCUCUUUGUAAAGUAGUUUAUUAUUCACUUUAUUUAUUAAGUUGGACCAUGAUGUGUGUGUGCGUGUGUAUUUUUUUAUAUGAAUACUGAGGAAGCCACUUUUCUCAGCACUUACUCCACAGUAGGGAAAUUGCGCUUGUAAACAAUUAACAACACAGUACUUGGAUUUGAGUAAAUAAAGCAGUGCUCUCAACUU